UUUUGUGACCAUAUGACUCAAAAUACAUAUUGGUAAUGAAUUUAUUCAAAUGCCCAUUUCCUUUACCAAAACCUUCCUUCUUCAAUACCAUUUUCACAUUGUAAACCCUAGGAGGACUCGCAUUUCUCUACUGUCCGUACCAAUGUCUUGGGCCUGCAAAGCUUGCACUUUCCUCAACCCCCCAUCUCAGAAAUCCGUUUGCCAGAUCUGUUCAUCGCCAUCAUCUCCAUCUUCUACUUCUUCAUCUUCUUCUUCUUCGAUCCCAAAAUGGUCGUGCAAAGCCUGCACUUUCCUGAAUCCCUACAACAUGACCAACUGCGACAUCUGCGACACCAGAGCCCCGGUCUCCUCCCUCUCCAGCUUCGAGGAUUUGAACGACACUGAUCUCGACGCCCACCUCGAUUCUUCCAUUGGCUCUGUUUUCUUGCCCUUGCAGCCUUGCAAGAGGACGAGGAUUUCGGACCCGGUUCGACCCGAGCCGGCCAAACCGAGUUCUCCGGAUUUGGGCGGUGGGUUUCAGGCUGUUAAGCUCAAAGCCUCCGAUAAGCCGGCGACUGUGUCCGGUGGGUUGGAACUUGAGGAGUCUGGUUCUGCUAAGGGUCUAAACAAGUUGAAGAUUUUGAGCUACAAUGUUUGGUUCAGAGAAGACUUGGAACUGCAGAAGAGAAUGAAAGCUCUUGGUGACCUUAUUGAACUGCAUUCCCCUGAAGUCAUAUGCUUUCAGGAGGUUACCCCCAAUAUAUACAAGAUCUUUCAGCAAUCUAGUUGGUGGAGAGCGUAUGAUUGCUCUGUUCCUAUGCAAAUGGCUCUUUCAAGGCCAUACUUUUGCAUGCAGGUUUAAACAACGUUCUUUGAUUUUAUUACGAUUCCGUCUUGUGUUUGGAUUAGUAUGAUCGAGAAUGCUUGGUCCCUUUAAAAAAAAA